GGAAACGUACAUCGUCCUGUGAGAAUCAUUACACGAAACUACCUGUUCGCAGGCCCUUCAUUGAGACAUCCCAAGUCACAUAAUGUCCAACUCAAGGUUAGCAUUAUGAAGGCAUAAUCAUUACCUUACUUGUAUUAAAAUUCGCGCAGUACUAGAAUUCGCGCAGCGCUGGGUGCAAAUUUAAUCCGUGCGAAAAGCUUUGUGGUGUAAUAUGAAACACUCAUUGUUAGUAAUGCAAUCAGUUGAAUUAAUAACUGAUUUGCAUUACUAUUUGCAUCAUGUUAUUGUAUUAGGCAAAUGAGAACCAUACAAUAAUUUUUUCAGUUCUUGUCGGUAAUUUGAACUCAAGCUUUAUUAUCAUGAAUUUUGCUUACAUUACAUCGCGUAUCGAAAAAUAUUUCACGCGACAUUAAAAAAUUUGCCUCUUAAAGAUAAAAAACUAAACAUAUUUUUUAAGUUUGCGUGUCGAUUGAGAAACGUUUUGAAAAUGUUUAGUAUAGUCAAGCAGCACAUUAUACUCGUUAGUUUUGAGCUUCUGUUACGUAACAUACACUAUAAUCUCCUCAUAAUUAUAUCGAUAACACUGUUUAUAUAAUGAUUCUGAACUGUCAUCUAUGUUUGUCAAUUUCAGAUUUACCUAAAAGAUUUAACGUUGGAUGAACAUGCACGAAAGAAGAUGAUCGAGCUUACAGGACAUCGGUAUAACGAAGAAAACGAUGAGCUAACAAUAACUGCUGACAGGUACAGUAUUUAGGAAUAAUAGAAACGUGCAAAAUUAUCGUUGAUCGAUAACACUCUUAGACCACAUUCAACGCUACGCCAGAGCGGUUCAAAAUUUUGAUCUCAACAAGUUUAGACAAAAUUCCAUCACAGCAUGAAAGAGCAUCACAAAAUUAGUGAUAUUCCAAAGUUUCGUCGCGAAAUGUUGUAAAAUGCGGAUAAUAUAGCCUUGCGAAAUUUGCAAUUUUCAGUCAUUUUGUAUUACGAGCGGGAAACGGUUACCACUUUUCCAAAAUUUUAAUCUCAACUAGCCUAAACAAAAAUUUCAUCACAGCUUGAAAGAGCAUCACAAAAUUAGUAAUAUUCCAAAGUUUCGUUGCGAAAUGUUGAAAAUGCGGAUAAUAUAGUCUUGCGAAAUUUGCAAUUUUCAGUCAUUUUAGAUUACAAACGGGAAAUGUUACCACUUUUCCAAAAUUUUGAUCUUAACUAGCCUAAACAAAAAUUUCAUCACAGCUUGAAAGAGCAUCACAAAAUUAGUAAUAUUCCAAAGUUUCGUUGCGAAAUGUUGUAAAAUGCGGAUAAUAUAGCCUUGCGAAGUUUGUAAUUUUCAGUCAUUUUGUAUUACGCACGGGAAAUUGACAGCCCAAUCGGGUGUUGGGGCAUCAAUUUCCCGUUUGUAAUACAAAAUGACUGAAAAUUGCAAACUUAUCCUAAGGCUAUAUUAUCCGCAUUUUACAACUUUUCGCAACGAAACUUUGGAAUAUUACUAAUUUUGUGAUACUCUUUCAAGCUGUGAUGAAAUUUUUGUCUAGACUUGUUGAGUUCAAAAUUUUGGUUGAUGUGGGAUUGGUCCAUUGUUUGAAAACGUCACUUUUGUCGUAACAAUUUGAGCAGGGUUUCUAAACGGAUCGAGAUGAAAACGGGGCGCUUGGCGGCUUCGUGUCAACACAAACGCCGUUACUUUUCUGUACCGCUUUUGCAAACCAAGCAUCUUAUAAGUGUCAAAACAGUAAAUUCGAAUGCUCUUCGUUGAAAUUUCUUUGCUCUAUUUGAAAUAUUUUGGGUUUACAUGAGUGCUAAUUUAAUUUGUAAACAAACUGCAAGGGCCUAGUGUGAACACACGUAAAUUCUGCCGGCAUUGUUUAUGUCUUAGUGUUGUUUAUGUCUGUGAUUUUGUUCUCCCUUUGUAGAUGUCCAUCUAGAAAACAGAAUCGAGAUUACGCUAUGUAUCUUUUAAAUGUUUUAUAUCAUGAGUCCUGGGUACGUUACUACUGCUUUACGUCAACUAAACUACCUGUAUAUUUACGGUCAAAUGUCGUCAUUUCUAAACUGUUCUUCCUACAGGUCCAGUAAGGAUCAUCUCUUAUUGAUCCAGUGUCACUACAGGAGGAAACCUAAACUAAACUACCUCUGUUUAUACUGGAUAGCUCUAUCCGUUUUAAACUGUUCACCCUAGAGGUCCAGUAAGGAUAGUCUCUUAUUGAUCCAGUGUUACUACAGGAGUAAACCUAAACUAAAUUAACUUUAUUUAUACUGGAUAGCUCUAUCAGUUCUAAACUGUUCUUCCUAGAGGUCCAGUAAGGAUCAUCUCUUAUUUGAUCCAGUGUUACUACAGGAGGAAACCUAAACUAAACUAAGUUUAUUUAUACUGGAUAGCUCUAUCAGUUCUAAACUGUUCUUCCUAGAGGUCCAGUAAGGAUCAUCUCUUAUUGAUCCAGUAUUACUACAGGAGGAAAACUAAACUAAACUAACUUUAUUUAUACUGGAUAGCUCUAUCAGUUCUAAAUUGUUCUUCCUAGAGGUCCAGUAAGGAUCAUCUCUUAUUGAUCCAGUGUUACUACAGGAGGAAACCUAAACUAAACUAACUUUAUUUAUACUAGCUGGAUAGCUCUAUCAGUUCUAAACUGUUCUUCCUAGAGGUCCAGUAAGGAUCAUCUCUUAUUGAUCCAGUGUUACUACAGGAGGAAACCUAAACUAAACUAACUUUAUUUAUACUUGAUAACUCUAUCAGUUCUAAACUGUUCUUCCUAGAGGUCCAGUAAGGAUCAUGUCUUAUUGAUCCAGUGUUACUACAGGAGGAAACCUAAACUAAACUAACUUUAUUUAUACUGGAUAGCUCUAUCAGUUCUAAAGUGUUCUUCCUAGAGGUCCAGUAAGGAUCAUCUCUUAUUGAUCCAGUGUUACUACAGGAGGAAACCUAAACUAAACUAACUUUAUUUAUAGUGGAUAACUUUAUCAGUUCUAAACUGUUCUUCCUAGAGGUCCAGUAAGGAUCAUCUCUUAUUGAUUCAGUGUUACUACAGCAGGAAACCUAAACUAAACUAACUUUAUUUAUACUGGAUAGCUAUAUAAGUUAUGGACUGUUCGUCCUAGAACUCCAGUACAAUCAUUGCCUAUUGGUCAACCCAUUCUCUUCUUUGGUAAUUAUGAUAUACGUCAUACAUGACUAAUACAUUGAAAACCAAGACCAUGCUCAUCCAUUCUCCCCAACAACUUAAGAAUACUUCAGACCGUUCUCUAUCAGUUACUCUUAAUGGCAACAUACUUGCACAGGUGAAGCAAGCAAAAGUGUUGGGUUAACGCUUGACGAGUUUUUAAAUUGGACCAAGCAUAUUGACAACUUGUGUUCAACAAUCAAUAGUAGACUUGCUUUAUUAUGCAGGAUUAAACCCUUUUUAAUUAACUAAGGACUGUGCUCUUCGUUUCUAUAACUCCUGUAUUAAUUCAAGUCUUAUCUACUGCUCUGUAACUUGGGGAAACUGCUCAAAAACACUUUUACUUCGCAUUCUUCGACUGCAAAAGCGUGCAGCACGUAUUAUUCUAGACGAGAGAAGAGUAAGCGCGGGGGCCUUGGCAUAUGCCAGUAAUGUCAUAUGUUUAAUCCAGCAUUGCUUAUAACCUGAAUAGAACACGAGGUUUUUGGUAGAAUCGAACUAAAACGGCGAAGUGAUAGUCAGACAACUACAUACAUAAAUUACACCACUGGACUGUAACUUUCAAACAAUAUAUUUAACAUUUCAAUACAUACAAUGUUAAAUACAACAGUGUUUAUCUAUUUGUGCGAAUGUGUAUAAGGGCAAAGUUCAGAUGCAUGCAAAAUUUACACUUUAAACUAAUGUUUCAAACUUGUUCUUUUAAACUACAAUUACAAUAUUCUGAAUAUAUCAGAAUUUACAGCACCAAUCACGUCCAUUCCACUAUUGUACACAUUGUACACUACUUUUCCAAAUUAUCUUCAAAUAACAUGCAUAUAGCGACAAAAACGGGUACAAAUUUCCUUCGAUACUUUUACCUUCGCCAGGUUAUGUUUUCGUCCGCGUCACUUAUUUCGCCGGCGGAUGUAUUUAAGUUGAAAGUUUCAUACAAGAUUGAAUUUGGCCAUUUGGGGAAAGUUGUCAAAGUGACGUAAACCAACCAUGCGCAUGAGCAGAACGGACUGACUACUGCCUUUACAAAUUUCAAAAAGAACACAAAAAGAUUAUAUUUAUCGCCAUGCGAUCCUAGAAAUAACAGAUUUUAAGAAUCUGUGCAUGGUAUACAAAUUAUCUAUAUAAAUUAUCAAAUUAACAUGGACAAUAUUAUAAUGAAAAUGUGCAAAUAAAACAAUAUAGUUAAGAAAUUGAAGUUACAUGAUAAGAGGUUGACAUGUAACCAAAACGCCACAACAUCGCACAGGUGAAAUAAGCGAUGUUUGUAUUUUAAUUUCAGAGGCAGAAGUGGAUCGAGAAUUAAGCGUGUCGCCUCUUUAAUUAGAUUAAAGUCAUCCAUAGGGCUUGCGUGGACAGUAGAUUGAAAUAGCCUAUGCCUAUGGGGAUUUGUAUGCUUACUGUCACAGAGUAAGCUCUCCUCAGGGCCGCCCAGAGGGAGGGAUGCAAAGGGGGCAAUUUGCCCCGGGCCGCAGGCUUAAGAGGGCCCACAAAAGGGAAUUGUAGGGAGUGGAAAUGGCCCCCCAAAACUUCCAACAGGGUAUUUUGCCACGGCUUCCCAAAAAGCUCUGGGCGGUCCUGGUUCAUCUGUGCUCUCGCAGUUUAGAAUAAUGAGCACCAGGUGUUUCUCUUCAGACUGCGAUGGACUGGUGUCCGUCUUGUAAUCAGCCGUGUAAUAUAUCAUACACAAGAAGUAUAUAUUAUGGUUUUAAACACAAUAGCCGAAACUUUUGGGGCAUCCAGUCAAUGUUUGUGUUCGUUUAUCCAUUCAUGAUAAUACACAGGGACUCAUUUUCGCCAUUGGUUAACUUGACGAGAAAACAAUAAACACGUAACGAAGAACGAACAUAUUUUUGGAUAAACGUAAACACAGAUUAUUCGAUUUACUAUUUGAACUAAACUAAGACUCUUGUCUCGUACCCAGGCUUCAGAGAAAGAACUACAAUGGGUGGACGGAAAAAUGUCCUCUUCCCAAUAA